AACGGCUUCCAUGCCAACGCUCGCUAUAUAUAACACGAGCGCGCCGGUGCUUCCUGCCACCGUCCACCUACAGCCCCGUACGUAGCUCGAGCGUUUUUCCAAGGCCCAAAAUGGCGCACACGCCAACGCUCACCGCGUCCAUUCUCGCCGUCCUGGCCGCCGUCGUCCUCCUCAGCGCCACGGCGACCGCCGACGACGCCCCGCUGCCUCGCGUCAAGCAGAGCGACAUCCCGGCCGUGUUCGCGUUCGGGGACUCCACGCUCGACACGGGCAACAACAAUGUCCUCAGCACGGCGGUGCGCGCCGACCACGCGCCCUACGGCCGCGAGUUCCCCGGCGGCGCUCCCACGGGCCGCUUCUCCGACGGGAAGCUCCUCGGCGACUACCUCGUGGAGGUGCUCGGCAUCAAGGACCUCCUCCCGCCGUACCGCUCCGGCCAGCUGGCGGACGCCGCCGAGGCCGCCACGGGCGUCUGCUUCGCGUCCGCCGGCUCCGGCCUCGACGACGCCACGGCCACCAACGCCCGCGUCGCCACCUUCGCGUCGCAGCUCGACGACUUCCGGGAGCUCCUCGGGAGGAUUGGCGCCCAGAAGGCCGGCAAGGUGGUGGGGAAGUCGGUGUUCCUCGUGUCCGUAGGGACCAACGACAUGAUGAUGAAUUACUACAUGCUGCCGUCCGGGAGGAUCAGGUACACCAUCGAUCAGUACCAUGACCUCCUCAUCGGCAAGCUUCGCUCUUACAUUCAGAGUAUGUACGGUCUGGGCGCCCGGAGGAUCCUGGUGGCCGGCCUGCCGCCGGUGGGGUGCCUCCCGCUGCAGCUGACGAUGGCGGAGCUGCGGCAGCCGCCGAGGCCCCAGGGCUGCAUCGCGGACCAGAACACGGCGGCGGAGAGCUACAACGCCAAGCUCCGGCGGAUGCUCGCCGAGUUCCAGUCGGCUUCGCCCGGCGCUAGAGCCGUGUACGCGGACAUCUACACCCCUCUCCUGGACAUGGUCGAUCAUCCCGACAAGUACGGAUUCGUGGAGGCGAGCAGGGGCUGCUGUGGCACUGGGCUGCUGGAGAUGGGGCCGCUGUGCACCGAUCUGGUGCCGACCUGCGCGACGCCGUCCCAGUUCAUGUUCUGGGACUCUGUUCAUCCCACGCAGGCCACCUACAGAGCUGUCGCCCAGUACUUCAUGCACGCCAACAUCCUCCGGUUCGACAAUUAAGAGCGGCUCGCUUCAGAGACAGAGUUCAAAGUGCAUUGGGUUGGAUUGGGAAGGAAGAUUGUAACAGAGCUACUAAGCAAUAGCUUUGUGGCAAACAGAGUUCAUUGGGUUGGAUUGGGAAGGAAGAUUGUACUCAAGUUCAAGUCGAUUCAAAGAGUGAAAACCAUUGUUCAAAAAAAAGAGUGAAAACCAUAGUGCAUUUUUCAAGACUAACAAUCAAAGUGCAUUUGCGAGACAUUUGCUUAUAAUAUGUUUAAAAAACACGAAAGAAUACCA